AUGCUCAUGGGCCUCGUGUCAGGUUCACUGCAUGACCAAGGGGAUUUUUACCAUCUCAUACUUGCUGGAUCGUUUCUGGAGUGUUUAUAUCUAUUCAUGUUAUCUUUGUCAAAACUGGAUCAGUACUACCAGGUAAUAUAUUUCUCUCUCAAGGAUUAGGCUUGGGUAUUGCGACAGGGCUCUUGUAUGUUCCUAGCAUGGCUGUCAUCUCGCAUCACUUCCAACAGAGGCGCACACUGGUUAUGAUGUUCAUUGUU